AUGUCUUCCAGAUCUUCCUCUCGUAGAAACCUCAUCGGCAACGAAAGAGGAAAACGUAAACAUGGGGAAUCCAGCAGCGUUUCAUCUGGCAAUAGCAAUGACCAUGGCAAGAAGAAAGAACGUACCAAGCCUCCCAAAGAAAAAGAUCGUGCAAGAGCUAAGGCAGGCGCCUCUUCAACAAAGCGUUCGGACUCUCAAGAUUCAAGAAAAAGCUCAGAGAGAUCCCAGUGGUCUUCAGACGGCGAGCUUCCGGAAGGUGUUACGAGCGCGACAGAUCUAGCCCUCUAUCGGAACCGAGGAAAUCGCCAGCCAUCAAAUGAUAGCCCACCGCCUCCACGGUCCCCGCCUAAACUUCGAAGAGAAAAGUCACUAGACUCUUUUCCUUCUUUGAGUGAGACGCAAAGCGAGAAAAUUCGGUCAAAUAUUACGCAAAUACGUAUGAAGAAAGGAUGGCUGGACCCCAAUAUUUCAGCGGACAGUGCAACAAUAGAUGAAUAUGACCGCCAAAUCCGAGAACUUGGACGGCAAUUGAGGCAAUUGCGGAGAGGUUGA